CUCAAGCUGUCUGACAUAUUGUUUUUUCUGUCAAAUACUUUCAAGUGCAAAAUUAUAGAACAAGAGAAAAUUAACUAAAAGAAAUUAGAAAACUUAGCAAAUUAUUAAAAUUGAAUAAAAAUAACAACUCCUGAUACAGUGACUUCUUUCCCUAGACAGUGACUUCGCCUGGCCCUCAUGACACCCAUCAAUAUACAUUACGGUCAUUUCUUUACAGAAUUGUUUUCUUAUGAAUUAAUUGAUUAGAGUUCUCAUUUCAUUGUAUUGUUUUCGUUUGUUUUCCAUUGUAUUUCAUUAGUUUGUAAGUGUUAGGGCGUACAUUGUACAUAAUGAGUAUCCAAGUAUGUAGGGACACUUCAGACGCGGUGGCGCUGUACCUGCCACAGCGUUUGUACCUUAAAUCAUUUGCAAAGCUAAACAUUUCUGUCCAGCUCCCCUCACACAAGGUCCACGGCAAGUCCAUCUCCAACUGGGAUCUCAUGGAGAAACUUCGAAAAAUGAUCCAACCUGAAAAUUUUUCUAUACUCAAAGUGUCCAAGCAUAGUUCUGAAGUGAUAAGAUUUGACGCGGAGCUCGAGAGUCGAGACAAACUGGACCGGGUUUUGGCCAGGCUCGACGAUCGGGUUGUGCAGUUGAAUGACUACCCUGACCCGCUCAAAGUCAGGGUGUCUGAAGCCAAGUCUGACUUCCCAAGCAGGCACUCAUGGGAUUCGUUCUUCCGAGACGCGACAGACAUGGACGAGAUGAAGCCGGGUGAACGUCCAGACACAGUACACAUCACCAACUUACCAAUUCGUUGGUUUGUGCCCGAGAGAGAUCUAGAUGAUGAUGCACCACCAUCUGAAAAUAUAUUUAAGAAAGCUUUUGAGAAGUAUGGUUCGAUACGUCAAGUGGAUGUACCGGCUGCUGAUCCAUUCCGAAUGCAGAUGAAAUCUGCUAUGAGGGGCAUCUCAAUACCUCCACAAGAAGCGUCCCUUUAUUUUGAAGGGUACAUCCAGUAUAAUGAAUAUGUAAGCUUUGUCCGUUGUAUGGACGCACUGCGAGGGAAGAAGUUAUUGCGGAAAGGCAAUGACAUAUCACAGUGGUGCAGCAUUAGAGUAGACUUUGACAAAACAAAGCAUAUGACAGAUGCAGCUGUUAAACGCAGAGCUAUUGUACGCGAGAGACUCGCGUCGCGACAGAAGGCUAAGGAAGAAGAGGAAAAAGAUGAGAAAGAGAGAAUUGCUAGAAGGGAAGCCAAAGAAAGACAAAAAGAAACAAUCUCACGAAUAAUUUUUCACUCUUUAAGACAUAAGUAUGAGCAAUCGGAACGGGAGAAACUGCUCAAGAUGAGGGAAAGAGAAGAGAGGAGAAAAAAGAAGCAGCUCGCCAAACUGAUGGAGAGGGACAAUGUGGACCUCAACAGCAAGGUUGCUGAGGAACAGAAGAAAUUGUUGAAGGUGCAGAAGAAGCUGCAAGCAGUUCGGCUUAUUGAAGAGCUCUUUAAGAGAAUAGAGCUCCGUCCCGAGCUGCAACGCAAUGGCGCCCACGCAGAACGGUAUUACGGCGCGGGCGAGAGGUCCAUGAGGGCGCGCAUUGUCGCCAAGUAUAAACGGCAGCAGGAGGAGGCUGUCGAAGCCCAGAGGAACAACUUGAGGAGUGCUCUUGAUGGUCGCAUAGUAAUUCGUUCAGCGUUAGAGACAAAGAAACCAAAACGGGACUCUUCAAUAAGUUCAGUGUCUUCCGAUGACUCUAGAAACUACAAGAGGAUUAAAGUUGAGAAAUUGACCACACCGGAACAAGCUGCAGCCAUGUACGGAGUGCCUGGGCCUUACAGCUUCGGGUUCUUGCCGCCGUACGCCGCCGUACCGCCGCCGGGGUAUCCGUAUGCGCCGCAAACGUCGCUGUACUACCCGAUGCGCGGCGCGUACUACGGCGCGGAGUACUCGCGGCGGGCGCGGGGCCGGGGCGGCCGCGGCGGGAGGGGCAGGGGCUGCCGCAUGCCCUACUUCGACGGACCCGACGCAUCGCACCAGUACUACAAGUAUUUCAAAAGACUGACAGAAAACGAGGGUCGUAACGAGCAUGACGAUCGUUCAAGAUCGCGUUCGCGUUCCCGAUCUCGGUCGCGGCGCCGUUCGUACACACGUUCGCGGACGCGAUCGCGCUCAUGCUCUCGAUCGCGGCGACGUUCGUACACGCGUUCGCGGUCGCGCUCACGCCGAAGGGAGCGCAGCCGCAGUCGACGCGACCGCUCCAGGCGAUCACGGUCUAGGAGUCGCAGGACGAGGAGUCCGAUCAGUCGCUCCCGGUCGAAGUCACGCAGACGCUCAAGGACAGCCGACCACAGGUCUAGGUCAAGGUCGUCUGACAAACAUCGCUCAGUGACACCGAAGGGGGGCAAAGACAAAACCCAAAACACAUCAGAAAAGCCCAGGAGAGAGUCGCCAAGGAAAUCUUCCAGGGAAAGGUCGAAGAGUUGGUCACUGCCGAAGGAAGGCGCGAGUAAAUCCUGGUCAAGGAGCCCUAAGGAUUUAUAGUGCUAAUAAAGUGUAUAAUGCAAUGUU